AUGAUUAGAAUAAAGGAGAAUGCGCCUCAAACGUCUUCGCAAUGGUGGCAAUGGUUGAAAUCUAGAUCUAAACUUUCUACCAAACUGCAACAAAGUCAGCAGCAAGUCGACGAAGAAACUGAAAUGGUGAAGGUAAAUCUGCAACAAAUGGAUGCACCAACAGAGCAUCUAGAAGAAUCUGAAAUGUUUGAAAAAACUGAUGUGAUGGAUCAUCCCACAGCUUCCGAACAACAAUACCUACUAGAAAAAAACAAACGCGAAGUAGAAGCCGUCACGCAAAUAUUAAAAAACAAUGUGGACAAAAUGACGAAAAGAGGAGCUAACAUUUCUGACCUCAACAGUCGUAUGCAAAACUUACAAGGAAAUUCAACUUCCUUUAGAACUAUCGCUGUGACUACCAGGCGAAAAUAUUGGUGGAAGAAUGUUAAAACGAUGAUUAUUAUUGGAGUUGUUUUGACGAUUUUAUUAAUAAUUAUCAUUUCAGUUGUAGCGACACAUUGACUUCCUUCUUCGGACAAUAUCAGGAUAUUUUAAAUCUACAAAAUCUCACACUUAGGUACUUCUUGUUUCUAGUUAGGGUUGUCUGUUCAAAUAUACCCACAUAUUCAGUUGAUGAUAAA